UUUGAGAUUGAAUCUGCAAAGACUGAGUUUAUUAAAGAGGACAGAGAGAAGAUGAGAGAUCCAGAACCCUGCAGAAUCAAACUCACUGAAGAUACUGAAGAACUAACAGAGUCGAUUGAAGAAAAAGAGAAUGAAGAUUUGAGUGAAGUUGAAGAGGUAGAUCAUGUCAGAACUGGAGAGAAACCUUUUAGCUGCUCUCAAAGCAAACAGAAAGAUUUAAAGAAAAGAAGAGCCAAGAAAUAUUUCACCUGCACUCAGUGUGGAAAGAGAUUGACAAGCAAAAGUAAUCUUAAUGUUCACAUGAGUGUUCAUACUGGAGAGAAGCCUUUCACUUGUGAUCAAUGUAGGAAGAGUUUCAGAGUAAAAGGAAGUCUUACAACACACAUGAAAGUUCAUACUGGAGAGAAGCCUUUCACUUGUAAUCAAUGUGGGAAGAGUUUUAGACUAAAAGGAAAUCUUACAAGACAUAUGAAAGUUCAUACUGGAGAGAAGCCUUUCACUUGUGAUCAAUGUGGGAAGAGUUUCAGACUAAAAGGAAAUCUUACAACACAUAUGAAAGUUCAUACUGGAGAGAAGCCUUUCACUUGUGAUCAAUGUGGAAAGAGUUUCAAAGUAUCAGCAAGCCUCAAGGAUCACAUGAACAUCCACACGAGAGAGAAGCUGUACACAUGUGAUCAAUGCGACAAAACAUUUUUGAGGGCUUCAUAUCUGAAGGCACACCUGAGAGUUCAUUCAAAGGAGAAACCACAUUCAUGUUAUUUGUGUGGAAAGAGUUUUUCACAUCUACAAAGUUUGAAAGAACAUCAGAAAACACACACUGGUGUGAGAGAAUACAUGUGCUUUGAGUGUGAGAAGACUUUUACUUCAGCAAACUGUUUAAAACUGCAUGAGAGGAUUCAUACUGGAGAGAAACCUUACAAUUGUUCACACUGUGACAAGAGAUUUAGUUGGUCAGGAGAUCUGAAAACACACGAGAGGAUCCACACUGGAGAGAAACCUUACAAGUGUUCACACUGUGACAAGACAUUUAGUUGUUUAGGAGCUCUGAAAAAACAUGAAAGGAUCCACACUGGGGAGAAACCUUACAAGUGUUCACACUGUGACAAGAGAUUUAGUUGGUCAGGAGAUGUGAAAACACACGAGAGGAUACACACUGGAGAGAAACUUUACAAGUGUUCACACUGUGACAAGAAAUUCAGUCGGUCAGGAAAUCUGAAAACACAUGAGAAUAUCCACACUGGAGAGAAACCAUAUCACUGCACUGUAUGUGGGAAGCAUUUCAAUCAACCAUCUUCUCUACACAGACAUACAAAAACGAUUCACAGUAAGUAGAUCAUCUUCAGAUCAGCACUUUCAGGUCUGAUGCUGUGUCCUCACCAAAUGAGACACAAUAAUGCAUCAAGCAGUAAAAUGUCAUCUGGAUAAAUCUGUCCUAACCAGACAUUACAAGUGACAUGACAAAGAAACAUUAUCUAAAAUUUCACAGUGAAAUAUGUGAAAAACAAUGUGUUUUUUUGAACAACCUGGUAUGAGAGCCUAUUCUAGGACACCCCCGAAACAAAAUCAAGACUUUGUAAAAGAGCAUAAUAGGACCCAUUUAAUUGCACAGUGAGAACUAAAUUGACUUUACAUGAGAUCCUUAGGAUUUGCUUCUGAAUGUGCUGUUAAUUUAGUCUGAGUACAGUAAUAUGGUAUGAUAAUUGAGAAGAUUUGCAUAAUAAUAAUAAUAAUAAUAAGGCAUUGAGUUUGAUUAACAGUAAUGGCAUGAUAUAAAAAUACAUGCAUGACAAUAAGUAAGCAAAUAAGUUCUAUUUUUGAAGUUAAACACUUUGAUACUUAUAAUGUCAUUUCGACCAAAUUUUCUUAACAUUGACAAGUUUAGGUUUAUGUUCGUUUAAAUAGCGUGUGAACUAUGAUGACUGCUAAUGGAUGUGUGGUAAAAGUAAAACUUAACAAAAGGGUUAUUAAGUAAUAAACUAGGAACUGUUCUAGGUUUUUGAGGAAAUAACGAUUAAGAUUCAUUUUAUUUCUAUUUUUAAAGAUGGCUUAAUAUGGGUCAUACUUAUUCAUGGGUUAUUUUAAGUUAGACUACCAUUUUUGUUUUGAACCACAGCAUGGUUUCUAAUGCUGGAAUAAAUUAAUGGAGAGACAGUCCCUCUUAUUGCAGUAUAAUGGUUUGGAAAUAAUAGUUUUUGUAAAACUAGUGUAUUUAUCCUAGUGUUCAGGUUAUAGACAAUGUCUGUAUUUGGUAUCGGUGAGGUGACUGAGGGUCUGACACAUUUCAGGAAUGCAAUAACAAUGUUGAUUCAUUUAGCCGGGCUUCCAGAGAAUAAUAUGUACUUGUAAUCAGUUCAUUUUCUGAUAUGACCAAAUUAACCAAAAGCCAUCAUAGCUGUAUAAGACAGGUAAAGACAUUUGGGUCGAGGGCCAUGAAGGCCAACAAUGCACUACGUUCUUUGUAGGAUAUUCAGUUCCAGUUUUAGUCCUUAAUGGUAAAAGAUAUUUAAUUGUGCUUGCAGGGGUUGUGAGAGGCUGCAGACUGAUGGAACAAUUAUUUCAGCCAGAUAGAUGCGUAUUAAUCGUUAAUAAGGUUAUGGGUACGCAGGGGAAGAAAGAUCCGAUGGAAAUUUGUAAUGCUUUGUUUGUCAAGGCCACGUGGUUCAGUUUUGUAGAUGUUUUGUUUCAGUAUGACAUCGCUGUUCUCCUGGCUAAUAAAUCCAUUAUUAGAAUGGAAAUACUACACGCCCAUCUCGAAAGUAAGUGUUAUAGUCCCACCUCGAUGGUCUAUAAUGUCAACAAUUUUGUCAGUUUUUAAGGUCCAUUAUAGGUCCAACUCAGGUCAUUGUCUGAAUCAUAAGAUUGUUCAUGCUAGUGGUCCUGAGUGGUAUCUGGCUGAUAAGUGUAAACAGGGUGAUUGUUCUGAGUUAGAGUAUUGUACCGCCAAUAUGACUGCUUCCACCGAAUAUUACCCUCCGGUGAAAUAGCAGCGAGCUAAUGAGAAGUGCAUUAAUGAUUUCUUGAAACAGAUCAUGACUACUGAGGUGUUUGCUGGUUAUGAAUAUUUGAAUUCUGUAUGGCUUCGAUCGACAGGGUCACCUUUCUUAUCAGAUCCCAAAGAACCCACAGCUUUAGCGUUAGCGUGGAUGUUUGCCUUUACGGUAGGAGUGAUUUUUACAGAUGUGACAGAUUCUGUAGAAGAAUUUGUGGAAGAAGCCUGGAAUGAUUUUGUGGCAGCAUCGGAAGAUGUGAUUAUGGGAGUAAUAAAAUAUGUUCUUU